GAAACUAGGGACGCAUCGGUCAACGCUGAUUCAGUUGCCAUGGUGGGGAAGAUGGACGUCAAGGAAGCAAGCAGUUCGUCGAGACGAGAUGACAGUUCAUCGCGACUUGCUGCGUGCGAGAAUCUCUCGAACUGGAUGCACUGCAUAUGUGUUGUCGCCUUCGACCUGGAGUUGGGCCAGGCGAUGGAGAUGGUGCUGCCGAGUGAUGCGCAACUUUCCGAAAAAGAGAAGAGCAGCAUUUGCUACCUGGCCUUCCCGGACUCCAACUCGGGUUGCAUGGGGGACACGCAGUUCCAGUUCCGCAUCCGGCAGUGCGCACUACCCCAGCGGCCGCUCUGCCCUGCCCUGGUGGCAUACAAUGCAGCAGUGGCACCAGCCCUGCAGGCUGAUCCAGCCUAUUUCCACGGCUUUGUGUAUUUUCGACAGGUCAAGGACUCCAAUGUGCGUAGGGGAUAUUUUCAGAAGUCCCUCGUGGUGCUCACCCGGCUGCCGCUGGUUGGUCUGUUCAGCCGUGUGCUCUGCCUCAUAGCUCGGGAGUACUUUUGCACAAGUCUGCCUAGCCUGGAGGCCGCACUGCGGAACGUGGAGAGCUGGCCUGCCCCGAUGCCAGGGAUUGCCCUGAGCCUGCCCCUGCACGGAGUGUCCCUGGAGGCUCGAAUCCCACCCCUGCAGGGCCUCGGCCGUACCCUAGGUCUGCCUUCGGUGCAGCCCGGCCUGGAUCCGGUGCCAUCUGUGCAUGAGGUGGACCCGUUUCGGUGCCUGAUGCCAUUGCUGUCUCACAUACAGCUUCUGUGGGAACUGGUGCUUGUGUCAGAGCCCAUAGUUGUGAUGGCUUCGUCGCCUGCUGUGUGCUCGGAUACCGUGCUUGCAUUGGUGGGGCUAGUGUGGCCUUUGCGGUACUGUGCCGACUACAGGCCUUUCUUCACAAUUCAUGACAGCGAGUUCAAGGAGUAUACAGCGGGUUCACAUUGCCUGCCCUCUGUGAUACUGGGUGUUACCAACCCAUUCUUUGCCAAGACGCUCCAGCACUGGCCUCACGUGCUGCGACUCGGUGACGAUCCUGUGCCCGAUUCCCCUCAGAAGCUCAAGAAAGCCGGCCAGUUGCGGACACUGGACAGCAAGCCAGGCCUGUACACCCAGCACAAAGCAUUCCUGCAGAAAGACAAAGUUCUUCUCAAGAAGCUCUCAAAGGGGGUGCAGACCAGGCGUCCGAGUGAAGUUCAGAGUGCCCUACUCAAGCGCUACCUUCUUGAGCUCACACAAAGCUUCAUGAUUCCUUUGGAACGUUACAUGGCCAGUCUCAUGCCUCUCCAGAGGAACAUCUCUCCAUACAAGGGCACACCGUCGUUGAAACCUUUCAACCAAGACGAUUUCCUUCGGAGUCUUGACACGGCUGGUCCUCAGCUGACAACUGGCAUUAAGGGUGACUGGGCAGCGCUGUACAGGAGAUUUUUCAAGAGCUGCAACUUUAUAGGCUGGUAUCAGGGACGUCGAAAAGAAGCCUCUCAGAAACUGCAGGCCCUGCAUGCUGAAGCCAUUUCAGAUGCUGAUUUGCUUCUCUGGACGAGAGACAAGGAGGAAGUGGAAGUUGUUGAUCUGGUCCUGAGGCUAAAGGAUAAACUGGUGUCUGGUGAGAAGGGAAGUCUGCCCGUGACGCCACAAACCAUGGCCAAGCUUCGGCGGCACGUACAAGCCAUUGUCUCUGGACUUCCUGAAGACUUGCAGCAAGUGCUUGCGUCGAGUCGGUGAUGCGGUUCUUGUAAAUAAAUA